GGGAUCCGGCAACUGCGCAUGCGUCGCGACCCCUUGUCCCUCAGGACGUCCGUCGACGUCGUCACGCUACCUGACGUCGGGACGCCCGCGAUGAGCUCUUGUUUCGCCGUUUUCCAGAAGCUAUUGUAGUAGCAUCGUGAUAGCCCUUUUGUACGUUUCAUUUGAAAGUAAAGAAAAUGUUAGCUGAUGACGAGGCUGACUUGGAGUCAAAUUCAACAACCUUCCGGAGAUGAAACUCUGCAUCUUUUGCUUUAUGCUAUUCUUGUACACCCCUCUGCCUGUGGAGGCGCAGCGAUUGGUACCACCCAAGAAGUACCACUCAGACGACGACGAUGACGAUCGCAAUGACUACAACGAAGAUGGUGAAGAAGAUGAGGUACUGCGACACAAUGCAACUGCAGACGACAAAGGUCUGUAUGUUGGCGCACCUUGCGAAUUUACCUGCAGUGCCAAACUGGUCCACGCCUACUGCAAUCCUGUCAGCGGUACAUGUGAUUGCGAAAAAAAGUAUCCUGUCAAACUCAAUAACCCCUACGCAGGAUGCAGCAAACCCAAACGAUUGGGAGACCAGUGCUACUACAUGGAGGCUUGCCAGUACACUGAUCAGCAUUCUUCCUGUAUCCAGAUUCACCACAACGCCAUUUGUCAGUGCCAAAAUGGAUACCAUUCCGUUUCUAUUCAGAAACCUUCGAAAAGAGUAUUUUGUGCUGAAGAUGUCGUUCUCAUAACAUCCGAUUUCUCCACGUUUGCUGGAGUCCUCUCAGGUAUAGCAAUUCUCUCUGGUCUAAUAUGCUUCGUGCUCCACUUGUUCAAUCAGAAUCUGUACGGCUCCAGACACCGUCGUCACAGAUUCGGCAAUGCCAAUUUGGCACCCCCAAUAAUGUUCUCCAGCGAUCCAGGGCUGCCUCUGCCGAUGCUAGACCGGCAACACCGCGCGACGUCCAGAGCCUCCUUGACCCACCGCACGUACUCUGGUCGCGCCAGCAGCGCGCCUGGCUACCGCGCAAGCGCCUACCCCCUCCACCACCACUCGGCGCAAGCGUCACGCGCAGGAUCAAGAAGGCCCAGCAUAGCAUCGGUCCAUAGCAUGACCUCAAUAAAGAGUUACAGCGCAAGGAGGUACGAGCGAGAGAGGCAGCAAAAGGAGGAGAGAGAGAUGGACAGGCGGUUCUCAAAGCUGUCCAGGAAUAAUUCGACUUCCCGGAUUGUCCCUACUCCGAGUCCUCAUUCGACUGACGAUUUACUUCCCACACUGGAAGAAGAUAAGCAGAUUCCUCCUUUAGCUACGAAAGAAGAAUCUACCACUAGUUUUCACGAAGAGAUGCCAUCUACUUCGAAGCAGUAUCCCUACGAAGUGAUCUAGUUGAACUGAAACAAUUUUUUUAUUUAUCGGUUUCGGCUUAUUAUGCCCAAGAGCAGUGUUGAGUGUUAUUUGUAUAUUGAGUAGCUUCGAGUUAAAAACUACUUGAGCAAAUUUUAUGUGCGUUUAGUGUCACACCAUGAAAAUAUUGAAUAAUAG